CCAGGCAUAAACAGAGCAAGAGGAGGAGAGAGAGGAGGAGAACAGGGAGGUAGUGGGGGAGUUGAGAACAGAGCUCAUCUGAACCAGAGUCCCAAUACAUCAGAGAGUGAGCAGCACAGGAGUGCUCUGUCUCUUUAUGAUAACCUCCCUGACGCUGUCACCCCCGACAGCCUCCAGGAGGUCUUUCAAAUGGAAACAGGUUUCCAGGAGCAUGUGCAGGAACAGAUGUAUCAGGCAUGGGCCCCUGAACAGAUCCAGGGACUGAUGGAGGGUGAUGGAGUGAGUGAAGAGAGGAGCCCCUGGUCAUCCUGUGAGAUCAUCCUCGCUGAAAGCCGUUCCAGUAACAGGGACCAGAAUUCAGACCAAGACAAGAAGCAAGAACAGGAGCCAGAGCUGGACUCAGGAUCCUGUGGAUUUAAGCAGGAGGACCGGACGCUGCAUCUCCAGUUCCCUAUGUCAGCUCACGUCCUUACAGCAAGUUCCCCUCAGCUAUGCCCAACUGAGUGUCAGGCCAUGUGGCCCCCUGCUGAAGCUCAGCACCCAGAGCAGCCUUCCUGGUCUCCCAGGGUGCCCCCUCCUGUACCCCUGGCUGACCCCUCUGCCAGCGCCCUGCGCAGCCUCCUCACCAGCCUCCAACAGCAGAUAAUGCGACAAAGGGAGGAGUAUGAGGAAAGGAUAAUCAGCCUAGAGCAGAGAAAUGAAGAGCUGCAGGUAGAGGUUGUGCGGUUGAAAACAAGCCUCGCACAGCAGCGGCACUGGUACCAAACUAUCCAGGCUAAGAUCGUGGAGUCUGAAAGGGCCCGUGGUGCUGCAGAAAAACGCAAUGCAACACUGCAAAGAGAGAUGGAGCAGUUCUUUGACACCUUCGGAGAGCUGAACAAUGAGGCCAAGAAGACAGAACAUAUUGUCAAGAGCUUUUGAAGAAGAGUCUGUUCGGUGUGUGAUGACAUGAAUGUGUAGGAAAGAAAUGCACAGUACCUUGUAUAGUAGUUUGUCUCUGCCUAGCCAGAACAUUUUUGUCUCUCUCUGGGAGGGAUUAGAGUGAUGUACAGCUAUUUCUUCACUGAAAGGAAAUGAAUCACUGAUGUCCACUUUAUUAGUUGCGUAAGGGCAAAGAUGCUGGCCAAGUGAUAAUAUUGUGGUCAUUGCAAUCACACAGGACAUCUCUGAAAAUAAAAGGAGAAACAAACUGAACAAAAAGUGUGAGAUGUACAGUGUAUACAAUGGAGCUUUUUUUUUUUUUUUUUUUUUAAACAUGGAAAACACACAAGAUGUUCUGAACACUAACGCUCAGUCCUUAUCUGAUAAGAUGUUCGGGAGUGAAUUGGCCACUCCUCAGGUCAUUUAAGGCAUGACUGAAAGAAAAAGGUCAUGUCAUAAAAGGAAAAUAUAGUGUACAACAUAGUGCGAAAGUCCUCAGUGACUCCAUAGUGUCAUAUUUCUGCAUGUCCAUCACACUGUGCAAUCAGUUCAGCAAAAAGCAGCUCCACAGUCCAUUUCCAAGGUUCAUCUUUUAGUUUCAAUCUUAACAGUUGCAAGGUCCAGAUUUUGACUCCACAGUCACAUCCUCAUUUUAAACCACGUGUCUGCUUUUUGUUGCUGGGCCAACUUCCUCCAUAGAUGUUGCCUUUAGGGACGGGGCGACUGCUGUCUUUAAGGACAAUUCAAAGGAGAUAAUGAAGGACAGUGACCCACAGUACAUUUGGUAACACAUACACACAUAUAGGCUUACAAGGCAAAAAAAAAUACAACAUCUCUCAAACAGGCUUUCAGAACCAAGAACAUCAAGGUACUGUAAGUAAAAGAACUGACCUGAACGGAUUUCUCUUUUUAAUAAGAACUACAGUAUCUUAUAGGCAUUGUUGCUGCCUUCAUGCAAGUUAAACACCAUCUUUUGUGUUUUACUGCCUUUGCAUGUGUUUUACAUGAUGUCUGAUUCAUGAUUCAUUUUGUUACUGUCCCAGUAUUAAUGGAAUGGUUUAGAAAAGGAGCAGCCCAUGCAUUUAUCUGUCAAUAAAAUGUUUUGACAAGAGGCUUGAUUUCCAUGGGCCUCGAGGUGAUUGUGUGCAACAUUUUGCAAGAACACAAAAAUAAAUACUACAUGUUUUUUUUGCCUCUCCCAAAUUUAUAGGACAAUGAUGUUCUUUUGAUAUACACAUUGAUAGUACCUUAUGUCAAAUGGGGAUGAUUGCAAUAUAUAGUUCCACAGAUAUGUUGAGUUUCUUAACAAAACAAGCACACCUUAUCUACUGUAUUUGAAAUGAAAGGGUCUGCAGCCACUAUGAAUGUCAGAUCUUGACAUCUUUACAUACAGUACAUUAUAUCAGGAAAUAAAACUAACACUGCAACCACAAGUUCCCAUAACUGACAGGAGUAAAAGCUCAAAAUCCACAUCACUCAAGCCAAUGAAUUAAAAAACACUGUGCAGAAAGCACCACUGUGGAGAUCUGCAAUAGCUAAAGCUAAAUGAUCAAACUAUGGAUUAGUGUUUGAUCAUCAGAUGAACAUCGGACGGUUGGUGUGCUCGACUUACGGGAAGCUUUUGUUCUUAUUGGCGUAACAUGCAUGAGAGCAGCUGGCUCUGUGUUCAGUGCGAGUCUGCUCUAAUUUGAUGACAAUAACCUCUGGUCUCAACUUAAUAUUCGCUAAAAAAAUAAAACUAUUAAAAAACAGGCAUAAAGAACAAACAACAAUCCUCCACCUUCUCUUAGUAACCUGAAAAUCAAUAUGGAUGCAUACAUCUUUACACUUGAUCAAGUUAAACAUUAUCCACAAAGAAGGAAAAGAGAAACCUUUGACCCAAGAUAUAGCAUAGAUAGCUUUGACCUCUAGGCAACAGUCCAAAACAAAGUUUGAAGAUGAAGAGGACCAGCAAGAUCCACCAGAUCAUACAGGGAAAGAAAAUAGAAAAAUAGACCUAUUCAUUGAGGUUAAUUUGAGAAAAAAAAAAAAAAAAAAAAAAA